GCCCGCCGCCUACGCAGGGCCGCCCGCCUCCACCGCCGGUUGGGGCCUACAGGCAAGGAGAGCUACGCUCUGAAAAGACUGCGUGAAGCUGCCAAUAGCAAUGACUUGGACAUAGUGCAGCAACUCUUGGAGGAUGGAACUGACCCCUGUGCCGCGGAUGACAAAGGCCGGACAGCCCUGCACUUUGCCUCCUGCAAUGGCAAUGAUCACAUCGUGCAACUGCUUCUGGACCAUGGGGCUGACCCGAACCAGAGAGAUGGGCUGGGAAACACCCCCUUACACUUGGCUGCCUGCACAAACCACGUUCCUGUCAUCACCACACUGCUGCGUGGAGGGGCCAGAGUUGAUGCCUUGGAUCGAGCUGGCAGAACCCCACUGCACCUUGCUAAAUCAAAGCUGAACAUCCUGCAGGAGGGACUCUCCCACAGCCUGGAGGCUGUACGCCUUGAAGUGAAACAGAUUAUCCAGAUGUUGCGGGAAUACCUGGAGCGUCUGGGGAGGCACGAGCAAAAGGAACAGUUGGAUGACCUCUGCUCCAGGUUACAGAUGACUAGCACAAAGGAGCAGGUGGACGAGGUUACAGACCUCCUGGCCAGCUUCACGUCACUCAGCCUGCAGAUGCAGAAGAUGGAGAAGAGGUAAUGGGCUUCCAAAUGCAUCUUCCUGAUGCAGCAGGAGAAACCUUAGAGAGAAAAAGAGGAAGCUGAAGCUUGCUUCCCAUAUUGCUGAGUAAACAUUGCUGCCAGCAGCCAUUCCUGCCAGAUCCACUCUCCGUUGGUUUUCAGACUGUUCCUGUUGGUGCUGCCACAGCUGCCUCAUGGGGAGACAGCAGGCUUUAGACAACAGAGUGCUGCAGCUCAGAUUUAUGGAAAAAAAGAGCUGCUCUUUUUAUCAGAUGGGCUAGCACUGAAUAGACUAUACCUUCCCAGAGAUAUUUUGCUUUCUCCUAAUCACUUCAGCUUGAUGUAGGUGGUGGCUGAUGCCACGUGCAGUCACCAUCCCUGACUAGUGCACUCAGCAGCUGGCCAACAUCACAGAAAUGCUUGGAACAGGCACCUUUUGCCACCUCCACAGUACUCAGUUGCAUGGGGGAGAAAGUGAGUGCCUCGGACAACAGAAGGCUUUGUGUUGUGAGAAGAACGCACACUUAAUUCUGCAUGCUAGCAGCUGAGCAAACAUACUGCCUUGAGACACACAUGCUGACGCUUAAUCCUAACCUUCCCCAGAGCCUGUGGUCAGAGGGCAGAGAAUCUGUCUGGUUGCAAAUAUGAUACAAAGCUUUUAAUCACUAGACUUAACAGCUUUCGCUGCCCCUGGUUUUUAAAUCACUGAUGCAAGUUAGUGCUUAAAUACUACAGUGAAACACUUGCAAAAAAAAAUACCCAGGUAGACAGCCUGCCCUGAUGCAAGAUAAGGUUUGAGGGGUGACUUAAUCCUAGCGCAGUUUUAGGCAGACAUCUACAUCUUGGAAAAAAAAAAACCCCACCAUAACUGACUUUUGUGUUUCCUGUUACUGGCAGUCUUGUGCAAGAGGUCCAGCUGCAACGGGAGGUGGUGUGUAUUCAGCUGUAUGUUCAGGCUGGGAUGGAGGUGGAUUUACUGCUGAUUAGGAGUGCCAAGCCCAGAGCUGGCCCAUAGUGUUUCUUGCUUGUCACAGAGAGGUGCUGCUCCAGGACCUCAAGUGUGCUGUGAGGAAUGAGUUAUGACCUCUGCUGGGAACCUGAAGUAAUGCAGCUAUGAAGGAUGAAGGGAAUUGCCGUUGCUAAUUGAUCUCUUGCUUCUGCCCCACUGUGAUUAGUGAAGAUGUAGAUAGCUUUGUUUUGGGAUCCAUACAUCUUGUCAGUAGGGUGCAAAUAGCAUCAGGGUGACAAGAACAUGCCUGAUAGCAAUCCAAGUGCCCACCUGGGGACCAUACCUAAAUGAUACAGAGUGUAGUAGCAAUACCCAUCCUGCAGCUUGGGCAACACUGGUUUCAGAGACCUUCAUGUCAGCAUGUUCUCAUAAUAUCUGACCUCUUGUUCAGGAAGAGGCUGAGUGGACCUCUAUGUUCAAAGCUGAGAUACCAGAAAUAUGCAUGACUUUUAGAUGGGUUCAUCCAUGAUGCCAUGACUGGGACUAAUGGUCUUGUGGUUUAGCUGGAGCUGACACUGUGAAUACUGAUACUUCAUUACAAUAUGCUGGAUGGGAAGGAUACUGGGUGGGUGGGAGACAAUCUGACCUUUUUAUAUUUUGAACUCAAUAAAAUCCUGUCAGCCUUU